UGCCCGCCCUGCCGGACCCGCCCCGAUCGGGGCUCGCCGCCGCCAGCAGCCGCAGCACCGCAGCCUCGGGCCCCGCGCCGACUAUGGCUGUGCCCUGGGGCUGAGCGCGCAGGCUGUGUGACCGAGAUCCCAACAAGAGAGACUGAGGGGAAGAGAGGAAGGAGGGGCGGGCUCCUGGCAAGGCAUUCGCUCCGGAACGGAAUCCUGCAAAGAUGGAGAAGGAGGAAGAAACAACCCGGGAGCUGCUGCUGCCCAACUGGCAGGGCAGCGGCUCCCAUGGGCUGACCAUUGCCCAGAGAGAUGAUGGCGUCUACGUGCAGGAGGUGAUGCAGAACUCCCCUGCGGCCCGCACUGGGGUGGUCAAGGAGGGGGACCAGAUUGUGGGUGCCACCAUCUACUUUGACAACCUGCAGUCGGGCGAGGUGACCCAGCUGCUGAACACCAUGGGGCACCAUACGGUGGGCCUGAAGCUGCACCGCAAGGGGGACCGCUCCCCCGAGCCCGGCCAGACCUGGACCCACGAAGUCUUCAGCUCCCGCAGCUCUGAAGUGGUUCUGAGCGGGGAUGAUGAGGAGUAUCAGCGCAUCUACACCACGAAGAUCAAGCCUCGGCUGAGGUCGGAGGACGGAGUGGAAGGGGACCUUGGGGAGACCCAGAGCCGCACCAUCACAGUGACCAGAAGGGUCACGGCCUACACCGUGGAUGUGACCGGCCGAGAAGGAGCCAAGGACAUCGACAUCAGCAGCCCUGAAUUCAAGAUCAAGAUCCCAAGACAUGAACUGACUGAAAUCUCCAAUGUGGAUGUGGAGACCCAGUCGGGGAAGACAGUGAUCAGACUGCCCUCGGGCUCAGAGGCAGCCUCUCCAGCCACGGGCUCUGCAGUGGAGAUCCAAGCAGGGCCCAUUUCUGCUUCAGGACCAGAGUUCCAAGGUGCUAGCCACUCGAAGCUGCAAGUCACCAUGCCUGGGAUAAAGGUGGGAAGCUCAGGUGUCAAUGUCAGCACAAAGGGCAUAGACUUGGGUGGCAGAGGAGGGGUCCAAGUUCCAGCAUCGGAUAUUUUGUCUUCUCUUGGGGGUGGGGCAGUGGAGGUGCAGGGCCCAUCCUUCGAGAGUGGUGACAAUGGGAAAAUUAAAAUUCCCACCAUGAAGGCGCCAAAAUUUGGUGUCUCGACAGGGCCCGAGGGCCAGGCACCAGCGGCCAGGCUGAGUGUUUCUGCACCUGAAUUCUCUGUGGGGCACGAGGGCGGCAGGCCAGGCUUGACCAUCGGUGGGAGCAUCCAGGCCCCUCAGCUGGAAGUCAGUGCCCCUUCUGCCAAUGUUGAGGGGCUUGAGGGAAAGCUGAAGGGCCCCCAAAUCACUGGGCCAUCACUUGAGGGUAACCUAGGCUUGAAAGGUGCCAAGCCACAGGGGAGCAUUGGGGUACACACCUCUGCUCCCAAACUCGGAGGCAGCAUCACCGGCUCCAGUGUGGAAGUUUGUGCCCCUGAUGUUGAUGUUCAUGGGCCUGGGGGCAAACUGAAUGUGCCCAAGAUGGAAGUCCCCAAAUUCUCUGUAUCAGGUUCAAAGGGAGAGGGAGCUGGCAUUGAGGUGACACUGCCUACAGGUGAAGUGACUCUUCCUGGAGUCUCUGGGGAUGUCAGUCUGCCUGAGAUUGCUACUGGUGGGCUGGAAGGGAAGAUAAAAGGUGCUAAAGUCAAGACUCCUGAAAUGAUAAUUCAGAAACCUAAAAUCUCUAUGCAGGAUGUGGAUCUGAGCCUCGGGUCUUCUAAACUGAAAGGAGAUAUUAAGGUUUCUGCUCCUGGGGUGCAAGGUGAUGUCGAAGGGCCUCAAGUGGCAGUUAAAGGCAUCAGAGUGGACAUAGAGACACCGAACCUAGAGGGGACCUUGACAAGCCCCAAGCUUAGCAGUCCUUCUGGAAAAACAGGAACCUGUAGGAUCUCUAUGGCAGAUGUAGACUUGAGUGCUGCAGCACCUAAAGUGAAAGGGGAUGUAAAUAUCACACUCCCAAAAGUAGAAGGGAAAGUCAAAGUCCCUGAAGUUGAUGUCAAAGGCCCCAAAGUGGAUGUCGGUGCACCAGAUGUGGACGUUCGUGGCCCAGAAUGGAACCUGAAAAUGCCCAAGAUGAAAAUGCCCAAGUUCGGCACUCCAGAAGUCAAAGGGGAAGGCCCAGAUGUAGACAUCACUCUACCCAAAGGAGAUGUCAAUAUUUCAGGGCCUAAGGUCAAUGUGGAAGCCCCAAAUGUCAACAUGGAGGGUCUAGGGGUCAAACUUAAAGGCUCUGAUGUUAAGCUGCCUGAUGUGAGUGUCAAGACACCAAAAGUCUCCAUGCCUGAUGUAGAUUUGGAUGUUAAAGGCCCAAAGGUGAAGGGAGAGUAUGAUGUAACAGUACCAAAGCUUGAAGGAGAAUUGAAAGGCCCCAAAGUGGGCACUGAUGCCCCAGAUGUGGAUGUUCACGGCCCAGACUGGCACCUGAAGAUGCCCAAGAUGAAAAUGCCCAAAUUCAGUGUGCCAGGGUUGAAACCAGAGAGCCUAGGAGUGGAUGUAAAUCUGCCCAAGGCUGAUGUGGACAUUUCCGGGCCCAAGGUGGAUCUUAGUGCUCCAGAGGUUAGCGCUGAGGGACCAGAAGGGAAAUUGAAAGGGCCCAAGUUUAAGAUGCCUGAGAUGAAUAUCAAAGCCCCAAAGAUCUCCAUGCCUGAUGUGGACUUACACUUGAAAGGCCCUAAUGUAAAGGGAGAAUACGAUGUUACAAUGCCAAAGGCUGAAGGUGAGAUUAAAGUUCCUAAUGUUGAACUUAAAAGUGCCAAAGUAGACAUUGAUGCCCCAGAUGUGGAUGUUCAAGGACCAGACUGGCACCUGAAGAUGCCCAAGAUGAAAAUGCCCAAGUUUGGCAUGCCUGGUUUCAAAGCAGAGGGUCCAGAAGUGGAUCUGAACCUGCCUAAGGCUGACAUUGAUGUCUCAGGACCCAAGGUGGAUGUUGAAGUUCCAGAUGUGAAUAUUGAAGGACCUGAAGGAAAGCUGAAGGGUCCUAAGUUUAAGAUGCCAGAGAUGAACAUCAAGGCCCCCAAGAUCUCCAUGCCUGAUGUGGAUUUACAUAUGAAAGGUCCCAAGGUGAAGGGAGAAUAUGAUGUAACAGUACCAAAGCUGGAAGGGGACCUGAAAGGCCCAAAAGUAGAUGUCAGUGCCCCAGAUGUUGAAGUGCAUGGUCCUGAUUGGAACUUGAAGAUGCCAAAGAUUAAAAUGCCCAAAUUUAGCAUGCCCAGCCUCAAAGGAGAGGACACAGAAUUGGAUGUGAACCUACCCAAGGCUAACGUGGACAUUUCUGCACCAAAGGUAGAUAUUAGUGCUCCAGAUCUGAGCCUUGAAGGACCAGAAGGGAAGUUGAAAGGUCCUAAGUUUAAGAUGCCCGAGAUGCACUUCAAAGCACCUAAGAUGUCUAUGCCAGAUGUCGACCUGGAUCUUAAAGGACCCAAAAUGAAAGGAAAUUUAGAUAUAUCUGCACCAAAAAUAGAAGGUGAAAUGAAUGUUCCAGAUGUGGACAUCAAAGGUCCCAAGGUAGACAUUAAAGCACCAGAUGUGGAUGUUCAAGGCCCAGACUGGAGCCUGAAAAUGCCAAAGAUGAAAAUGCCCAAGUUCAGCAUGCCCAGCCUCAAAGGCGAGGGUCCAGAUGUGGAUGUGAACCUGCCUAAAGCUGACAUUGAUGUUUCAGUACCCAAGGUUGACAUUGAAGCCCCAGAUGUGAGCCUUGAAGGUCCAGAAGGGAAGCUAAAGGGUCCCAAGUUUAAGAUGCCUGAGAUGCACUUCAAGGCCCCCAAGAUCUCCAUGCCUGAUGUGGACUUACACUUGAAAGGCCCCAAAGUCAAAGGGGAUAUGGAUGUGUCCGUGCCCAAGGUAGAAGGUGAAAUGAAAAUGCCAGAUGUUGACAUCAAAGGGCCCAAAGUGGACAUUGAUGCUCCAGAUGUUGAUGUUCAUGGCCCAGACUGGCACCUGAAGAUGCCCAAGAUGAAAAUGCCCAAGUUCAGCAUGCCCGGUUUCAAAGCAGAAGGUCCAGAAGUGGAUGUGAACUUGCCCAAGGCCGACAUUGAUGUCUCGGGACCAAAGAUGGACAUUGAAGUCCCUGAUGUGAGCCUCGAGGGUCCAGACGGGAAGCUUAAGGGUCCCAAGUUUAAGAUGCCUGACAUGCACUUCAAGGCCCCCAAGAUCUCCAUGCCUGAUGUGGACCUGAAUCUUAAAGGGCCCAAACUAAAGGGAGAUGUGGAUGUGUCUUUGCCUGAGGUAGAAGGUGAAAUGAAAGUGCCAGAUGUUGACAUUAAAGGGCCCAAAGUUGACAUUACUGCUCCAGAUGUUGAUGUUCAUGGCCCAGACUGGCACCUAAAGAUGCCCAAAAUGAAAAUGCCCAAGUUCAGCAUGCCCAGUUUCAAAGGAGAGGGCCCAGAAGUGGAUGUGAACCUACCGAAGGCCAAUAUUGAUGUCUCAGGACCCAAGGUGGAUGUUGAAGUUCCAGAUGUGAAUAUUGAAGGUCCAGAUGCGAAACUAAAAGGUCCCAAAUUUAAGAUGCCAGAAAUGAAUAUAAAGCCUCAGAAAAUAUCUAUGCCAGAUGUUGGUUUGCAUUUGAAAGGUCCUAAAAUGAAAGGAGAUUAUGAUGUUACAGCUCCAAAACUAGAGGGAGAGAUAAAGGCUCCUGAUGUUGAUAUAAAAGGCCCCAAAGUUGACAUUAAUGCACCAGAUGUGGAAGUUCAUGGUCCAGACUGGCACCUGAAGAUGCCCAAGGUGAAAAUGCCCAAGUUCAGCAUGCCUGGCUUCAAAGGAGAGGGCCCAGAAGUUGAUGUGAACCUGCCCAAAGCUGACAUUGAUGUCUCAGGACCCAAGGUGGACAUUGGUGCUGCAGAUGUGAAUCUUGAAGCUCCAGAGGGAAAACUAAAAGGCUCUAAGUUCAAGAUGCCAAGCAUGCAUAUACAGACACACAAAAUCUCUAUGCCUGAUGUUGGACUUAAUCUGAAAGCCCCUAAACUGAAAACUGAUGUAGAUGUUUCCCUUCCCAAAGUAGAAGGAGACUUGAAAGGUCCUGAAAUUGAUGUAAAAGCCCCUAAGAUGGAUGUUAAUGUUGGUGAUAUUGAUAUUGAAUGUCCAGAAGGAAAGUUGAAAGGGCCUAAGUUCAAGAUGCCUGAGAUGAACAUUAAAGCCCCCAAGAUCUCCGUGCCUGACUUUGAUUUGCAUCUGAAAGGUCCUAAGGUGAAGGGUGAUGUGGAUGUUUCUCUACCCAAAGUGAAAAGUGACCUUAAGGGCCCUGAAGUUGACAUCAAAGGCCCCAAAGUGGACAUCAGUGCCCCAGAUGUCGAUGUGCAAGGCCCAGAUUGGCACUUGAAGAUGCCCAAGAUGAAAAUGCCCAAGUUCAGUAUGCCUGGCUUCAAAGGUGAGGGCCCAGAAGUGGAUGUGAAUGUGCCCAAGGCUGACAUUGAUGUCUCAGUACCCAAAGUGGACAUUGAAGGACCCGAUGUUAACAUUGAAGGACCAGAGGGAAAGUUGAAAGGGCCUAAGUUCAAGAUGCCUGAGAUGAACAUCAAAGCCCCCAAGGUCUCCAUGCCAGAGUUCGAUUUACACUUGAAAGGUCCUAAAGUAAAGGGUGAUGUGGAUGUUUCUCUGCCCAAAGUGGAAGGUGACCUCAAGGGCCCUGAAGUGGACGUUAAGGGCCCCAAAGUGGACAUCGAUGCCCCAGAUGUUGAUGUUCAAGGCCCGGAGUGGCACCUGAAGAUGCCUAAGAUAAAAAUGCCAAAGUUCAGCAUGCCUGGCUUCAAAGGAGAGGGCCCAGAUGUGGACAUGAACCUGCCGAAGGCUGACAUUGAUGUCUCAGGACCCAAAGUGGAUGUUGAGUGUCCUGAUGUCAAUAUUGAAGGACCUGAAGGAAAGUGGAAAAGCCCAAAGUUUAAGAUGCCUGAAAUGCAUUUUAAGACUCCCAAGAUAUCCAUGCCAGAUAUUGACCUUAAUCUAACUGGUCCAAAAGUAAAAGGAGAUGUGAAUAUUACAGGUCCCAAGGUAGAGGGAGAUCUGAAAGGCCCUGAAGUUGACCUCAAGGGGCCCAAAGUGGACAUUGAUGUUCCCGAUGUAGAUGUUCAAGCCCCAGAUUGGCACCUGAAGAUGCCCAAGAUGAAAAUGCCCAAGUUCGGGAUGCCUGGCUUCAAAGGUGAGGGCCCUGAACUGGAUGUGAAUGUGCCCAAGGCUGACAUUGAUGUCUCAGGACCCAAGAUGGACAUUGAAGGCCCUGAUGUUAAUAUUGAAGGACCAGAAGGAAAGUUGAAAGGGCCUAAGUUCAAGAUGCCUGAGAUGAACAUUAAAGCCCCCAAGAUCUCCGUGCCUGACUUUGAUUUGCAUCUGAAAGGUCCCAAGGUGAAGGGUGAUGUGGAUGUUUCUCUGCCCAAAGUGGAAGGUGACCUCAAAGGCCCUGAAGUUGACAUCAAGGGGCCCAACGUGGACAUCCAUGCCCCAGAUGUGGAUGUUCAUGGGCCAGACUGGCACCUGAAAAUGCCCAAGGUGAAAAUGCCCAAGUUUAGCAUGCCUGGCUUCAAAGGAGAGGGUCCAGAUGUGGAUGUGAACCUGCCUAAGGCUGACAUUGAUGUCUCAGGACCCAAGGUGGACAUUGAUGUUCCAGAUGUAAAUAUUGAAGGUCCAGAUGCAAAACUGAAGGGCCCUAAGUUCAAGAUGCCUGAGAUGAACAUCAAAGCCCCCAAGAUCUCUAUGCCUGAUAUUGACUUAAACUUGAAAGGUCCCAAAGUAAAGGGUGGUAUGGAUGUUUCUCUUCCUAAAGUGGAAGGUGACCUAAAAGGCCCUGAAGUUGACCUCAAAGGCCCCAAAGUGGACAUUGAUGUCCCUGAUGUGGAUGUUCAUGGCCCAGACUGGCACCUGAAGAUGCCCAAGGUGAAAAUGCCCAAGUUCAGCAUGCCUGGCUUCAAAGGAGAGGGCCCAGAAGUGGAUGUUACCCUUCCUAAAGCUGACAUGGACAUUUCUGGCCCCAAAGUGGAUAUUGAUACCCCAGAUGUCAAUAUUGAAGGUCCAGAUGCAAAACUGAAGGGCCCAAAGUUCAAGAUGCCAGAGAUGAACAUCAAAGCCCCCAAAAUCUCUAUGCCUGACAUUGACUUUAACUUGAAGGGUCCCAAAGUGAAGGGUGAUGUGGAUGUUUCUCUGCCCAAAGUGGAAGGUGAUCUCAAGGCCCCCAGUGUGGACAUUGAUACUCCUGAUGUCAAUAUUGAAGGUCUAGAAGGAAAAUUGAAGGGACCCAAAUUUAAGAUGCCUGAGAUGAACAUCAAAGCCCCCAAGAUCUCUAUGCCUGACUUUGAUUUGCAUCUGAAAGGUCCCAAAGUAAAGGGUGAUGCGGACCUUUCACUACCUAAGGUGGAAGGUGAUCUGAAAGGGCCAGAGGUGGACAUUGAAGGUCCUGAAGGGAAACUCAAAGGUCCCAAAUUUAAGAUGCCUGAUGUUCAUUUCAAAACCCCACAAAUCUCCAUGAGUGACAUCGAUUUGAACUUGAAAGGACCUAAGAUAAAAGGAGAUGCGGAUGUUUCCAUUCCUAAACUGGAAGGAGAUCUGAAAGGCCCCAAAGUGGAUGUUAAAGGCCCUAAGCUGGACAUAGACACUCCUGACAUUGACAUUCAUGGUCCAGAAGGAAAACUAAAGGGCCCCAAGUUUAAAAUGCCUGACCUGCACCUCAAGGCACCCAAGAUCUCCAUGCCUGAAGUUGAUCUGAAUCUAAAAGGUCCAAAGGUGAAGGGUGAUGUGAAUGUUUCUUUGCCCAAAGUGGAAGGUGACCUCAAGGGCCCUGAUGUUGAUAUCAGAGGUCCUAAAGUGGAUAUUGAUGUCCCAGAUGUUGAUGUGCAUGGCCCAGACUGGCACCUGAAGAUGCCCAAGGUGAAAAUGCCCAAGUUCAGCAUGCCUGGUUUCAAAGGAGAGGGCCCAGAUGUGGAUGUGAACGUGCCCAGGGCCGACAUUGAUGUCUCAGGACCCAAGGUGGACAUUGAUGUUCCAGAUGUGAAUAUUGAAGGCCCAGAUGCAAAACUGAAGGGCCCCAAGUUCAAGAUGCCUGAGAUGAACAUCAAAGCCCCCAAGAUCUCUAUGCCAGAUAUUGACCUAAACUUGAAAGGUCCCAAAGUCAAGGGAGACAUGGAUGUUUCCCUGCCCAAAGUGGAAGGUGACCUCAAAGGCCCCGAAAUUGACAUCAAGGGCCCUAAGGUGGACAUUAAUGUUCCAGAUGUGAAUAUUGAAGGGCCAGAUGCAAAACUGAAGGGCCCCAAGUUCAAGAUGCCUGAGAUGAACAUCAAAGCCCCCAAGAUCUCCAUGCCUGAUAUCGACUUAAACUUGAAAGGUCCCAAAGUGAAGGGAGACAUGGAUGUUUCUCUGCCCAAAGUGGAAGGUGACCUCAAAGGCCCUAAAGUUGACAUCAAGGGGCCCAGCGUAGACAUCAGUGCCCCAGAUGUGGAUGUUCAUGGGCCAGACUGGCACCUGAAAAUGCCCAAGGUGAAAAUGCCUAAAUUCAGCAUGCCUGGCUUCAAAGGAGAGGGUCCAGAAGUGGAUGUGAACCUGCCCAAGGCUGACAUUGAUGUCUCAGGACCCAAGCUGGACAUUGAUGUUCCAGAUGUUAAUAUCGAAGGUCCAGAUGCUAAACUAAAAGGCCCCAAGUUCAAGAUGCCUGAGAUAAAUAUCAAGGCUCCCAAGAUCUCCAUGCCCGAUGUCGACCUGGAUUUGAAAGGACCCAAAGUAAGGGGAGAUUUUGAUGUAUCUGUCCCUAAGAUGGAAGGUACUUUGAAAGGCCCAGAAGUAGACCUUAAAGGUCCAAAUCUGGAUUUUGAAGGCCCUGAUGCCAAACUCAGUGGCCCAACUUUGAAGAUGCCAUCACUGGAUAUAUCUGCUCCUAAAGUAUCUGUUCCUGAUAUUGAUUUACAUCUCAAGGCACCAAACAUUGGAGUUUCUGGCCCAAAGAUAGGUGGCGAAGUGGACCUCAAAGGGCCCAAAGUGGAUUUAGAAGCUCCAAGCUUAGAUGUACACAUGGAGAGCCCAGAUAUUAAUAUUGAGGGGCCAGAUGUUAAAAUUCCCAAAUUUAAGAAACCCAAGUUUGGGUUUGGGGCAAAAAGCCCCAAAGCUGACAUCAAGUCCCCUUCACUAGAUGUGACUGUUCCUGAGGCAGAGCUGAACCUUGAGACUCCUGAAAUUAGUGUUGGUGGUAAGGGCAAGAAAAGUAAGUUUAAAAUGCCUAAAAUUCAUAUGAGUGGUCCUAAAAUUAAGGCCAAAAAACAGGGAUUUGAUUUGAAUGUUCCUGGGGGUGAAAUUGAUGCCAGUCUCAAGGCUCCUGAUGUGGAUGUCAACGUCUCGGGUCCGGAUGCUGCACUCAAAGUCGAUGUGAAAUCUCCCAAAACCAAGAAACCUAUGUUUGGAAAAAUGUACUUCCCAGAUGUGGAGUUUGACAUUAAAUCACCUAAAUUUAAAGCUGAGGCCCCCCUCCCUAGCCCCAGAAUGGAGGGUGAAAUCCAGGCACCUGAUCUGGAUAUUUCUUCACCAGGGAUUAAUGUUGAAGGUCCUGACAUCAAGGUAAAGGCUCCCAAGUUCAAGAUGCCAGGUGUGGAUGUCUCAGGGCCAAAAAUAGAGGGGGAUUUGAAAGGCCCCAGGGUGCAGGCAAACUUGGCUGCACCUGACAUCAAUUUCGAAGGCCCUGAUGCUAAAGUCAAAGCACCAUCUUUUGGCAUUUCUGCCCCUCAAGUCUCCAUCCCUGAUGUGAAUGUGAACUUGAAAGGACCAAAGAUAAAGGGUGAUGUCCCCAGUGUGGGACUGGAAGGACCAGACAUAGAUCUGCAAGGUCCAGAAGCAAAAAUCAAGUUCCCCAAGUUUUCGAUGCCCAAGAUCGGUGUCCCUGGUGUGAAAAUGGAAGGUGGGGGUGCUGAGGUCCACGCCCAGCUUCCCUCUCUUGAAGGAAGCUUGAGUGCACCGGAUGUUAAGCUCGAAGGGCCUGACGUCUCUCUAAAGGGGCCAGGAGUAGACUUGCCUUCAGUGAACCUCUCUAUGCCAAAAGUCUCUGGGCCUGACCUUGACCUGAACUUGAAAGGACCAAGUGUGAAGGGAAACAUGGAUGCGUCUGUUCCCAGCAUGAAGGUGCAUGCUCCAGGGCUCGACCUCAGAGGUGUCGGUGGAAAGGUGCAGAUAGGAGGAGACGGUGUGAAAGUGCCGGGGAUCGAUGCCACCACAACACUUAACGUCGGGGCACCAGACGUGACACUGAGGGGACCAAGCCUGCAGGGAGACCUGGCUGUCUCUGGUGACAUCAAAUGCCCUAAAGUAUCUGUAGGAGCUCCUGAUCUCAGCUUGGAGGCAUCUGAAGGCGGCAUUAAACUUCCUAAAAUGAAGCUGCCCCAGUUUGGCAUCUCUAGUCCAGGGUCCGACUUGGACAUUAAUGUCAAGGGGCCACAAGUUGCUGGAGAGCUAAAGGGGCCAGGCCUGGAUGUGAACCUGAAGGGGCCUCAGAUUUCGGCACCGGACAUGGACUUUAACUUGCAAGGACCGAAAGUGAAAGGGAGCCUGGGGGCCCCUGGUGAGCUGAGAGGCCCCGCUGUCGGAGGGGGUCUUCCAGGCGUGAGUGUUCAAGGCCCAGAAGGAAACUUGCAAAUGCCUGGAAUUAAGUCCUCUGGAUGUGAUGUGGCCCUGCCAGGAGUGAAUGUGAAACUCCCAACUGGGCAGAUUUCUGGUCCUGAAAUCAAAGGCGAUCUGAAAGCUUCCGGAGUAGGUUUCCACGGGGCUGCUCCUGACAUCGGUGUGAAGGGGCCUUCCUUCAGUGUGGCAUCUCCUGACUCAGAUCUUGGCGUCAGCUUGAAGGGCCCGAAAAUCAAAGGAGGUGUGGAUGUUUCAGGAGGUGUCAGUGCCCCAGAUGUCAGCUUGGAUGCAGGGCAUAUGAGUGUCAAAGGUUCCGGGGGUGACUGGAAGGGACCCCAGGUUUCCUCCGCUCUCAACUUGGACACACCUAGGUUUGCUGGGGGCCUUCAUUUCUCAGGACCAAAGGUAGAAGGAGGUGUGAAAGGAGGUCAGAUUGGACUUCAGGCUCCGGGGCUGAGUGUGUCUGGGCCUCAAGGUCACCUGGAAAGCGGAUCUGGAAAAGUAACAUUCCCCAAGAUGAAGAUCCCCAAGUUUACCUUCUCUGGCCGUGAGCUGGUUGGCAGAGAAGUGGGGGUGGAUAUUAACUUCCCUAAAGCAGAGGCCAAUGUCCAGGCUGGUGCCGGAGAAGGCGAGUGGGAGGAGUCCGAAGUAAAACUUAAAAAAUCCAAAAUCAAAAUGCCCAAGUUUAAUUUUUCCAAACCUAAAGGGAAAGGUGGUGUCACUGGCUCGCCAGAAGCAUCCAUUUCUGGCUCCAAAGGUGACCUGAAAAGUUCAAAGGCCAGCCUGGGCUCUCUGGAAGGAGAGGCAGAGGCCGAAGCCUCUUCACCCAAAGGCAAAUUCUCCUUAUUUAAAAGUAAGAAGCCACGGCACCGCUCAAAUUCAUUCAGUGAUGAGAGAGAGUUCUCCGCACCUUCCACCCCCACCGGGACUUUGGAGUUUGAAGGCAGGGAAGUGUCGUUGGAAGGCGGGAAGGUGAAAGGGAAACAUGGGAAGCUGAAAUUCGGUACCUUUGGUGGAUUGGGGUCGAAGAGCAAAGGUCAUUAUGAGGUGACUGGGAGCGAUGAUGAGGCAGGCAAGUUACAGGGGAGUGGAGUGUCCUUGGCCUCUAAGAAGUCCCGACUGUCCUCUUCUUCUAGCAAUGACAGUGGGACUAAGGUUGGCAUCCAGCUUCCUGAGGUGGAGCUGGCAGUGUCCACAAAGAAAGAGUAGAGGCCUCUGUAUGUGUGUAUAUAUAUAUAUAUAUAGCAAAACAUCAGCCCGGCGUGUUUGUAUAUAAACUCCAGAGAGAAACACGCCGACAGCCUCAGCAAUAAUGCAAAGAUUUUGCCUCUCCUACUGGCAAGCGCUGAAAAACCAACCGCCUUUAGGCUCCUGGAACUAUACAGCUAGGCAAAGAAUUUCAAGUUCGUCCAGCCCAUGUGCAAAAUCAGCAGUAUUUGCCUUAAGAUUUCAGGUUCUUUUUGCAUUGAACGCUGAGAGCUCCUGUUUACUAAGCAAGCUUUUGUGUUUUUAUUAUCCUCAUUUUUCCUGAACAUUGUUAGUCUCGGGGUAUUGGAAACCCACUUUUUCAUUGUAAUGACUUUUGGGGCUUGUGUUAGUAAGGGGGGUGGGGUAAUAGGCAGCAGAGGGGGCCACAUCUCCAUUUCUCCUAAGAUUGGAUCCAUUCAAACAGCAAACACCCAAAGACGGCCGGAGGAGGCAACAGCAGGUGUGGGGGUGUUUGUAGAGCUCCUUAGCAUUGCUUUUCCCCCAGGGGUGGCGGUCCGGCUGGUUUGGUGUUGACGGGGAGAGGGAAUUAAAAUUUGUUUGCAAAUUGUCCAACCCAGCAGCUCAACAUGAGGGGCUCCAGUCUGUGUUUUGUAAGAGAAAUGUUUUAUUCACAACCGCCGUGCUCCUGAUACUCUGAUUUCUUUUAACAAAUGUUAUGAUUAAGAAAUUUUCCAGCACUUUAAUGGCAAAUUAAUUGAGAAUGUAAGAAAAUCGAUGCUGUACAAGGCAAAUAAAGCUGUUUAUUAACC